CUCAAAACUCAAAACUCCAAACCACCGGUCAUGGACUUCACCACCACCACAACCACCUUCGUCUUCGUCUCCGCCACGGUACUCUUUCUCUUCACCGUACUCUUCAUCAACAAAUGCCGUUCGCUUGAAUCACCAUCAUCGGUGGUAGUUAACACUAAGAAAAUCCUCUUAGGGUCCAUGGGAUGGCCUUUUAUCGGCGAAACCUUAGAUUUCAUCGCUUGUGGUUACACUGAUCGUCCUCAAUCGUUCAUGGAUAAACGCCGUCAAUUGUACGGAAAAGUGUUCAAAUCUCACUUGUUCGGGAGCCCAACGAUCGUGUCGACUGACGCAGAAGUGAGCAGAAUUGUGCUACAAAGUGAUGCCAAUAGCUUCGUGCCAUCGUAUCCGAAAUCGUUGACUGAGUUGAUGGGAGAGUGUUCGAUUUUGCGGAUCAACGGAAGUUUACACAGGAGAAUUCAUGGGCUUAUCGGCUCAUUCUUUAAGUCUCCGUACCUUAAAGCGCAAGUAACUUGUGACAUGCGGAAACUUGUUAUGCAAUCCAUGGCUGCUUGGGAAGAAGAUCGCCCUAUUUACAUUCAAGAUGAAACUAAACAUAUUGCAUUUCAAGUACUGGCAAAAGCUUUGAUCGGUUUGGACCCAGGUGAAGAUAUGCAGUUUUUGAGGAUCCAUUUUCAAGAUUUCAUUGCGGGUCUCAUGUCAUUACCCGUAAAUUUACCUGGAACCCAACUUCAUCGAUCAUUACAAGCCAAGAAAAAGAUGGUGAAGUUAGUCCGAAAAAUUAUAGCGAACAAAAGAACAUGCAAUGUUACUAUUUCACAAGGUCCAAAAGAUGUGGCCGACGUGUUACUUAACGAUAAGAGUGAAAAACUAUCAGAUGAAUUGAUAUCCGAUAAUAUGAUUGAUUUGAUGAUUCCGGGAGAAGAUUCUGUCCCUUUACUUAUAACAUUAGCCAUCAAAUACUUAUCGGAUUGUCCCAAAGCUCUCCUUCAACUUAAGGAGGAAAAUUUGGAGAUGAAAAGACGUAAAAAAGACCUUGGAGGCCUAAUGUGUUGGGAUGAUUACCUAUCAUUACCAUUUACACAAAAUGUGAUUACAGAAACACUAAGAUUAGGGAAUAUAAUAAUGGGGGUGAUUAGAAAGGCUAUGAAAGAUGUGGAGAUCAAAGGGUACCUAAUACCAAAAGGAUGGUGUGUGUUGACUCAUUUCAGAUCAGUUCAUCUUGAUGCUAAUCACCAUGAGUCUCCUCACCACUUCAAUCCUUGGAGAUGGCAGAAUAGGGAUAUGUGCAAUGGUAGCAACACUUGCUUCACUCCUUUUGGAGGAGGACUCAGGCUAUGCCCUGGGCUUGAUUUGGCCAGACUAGAAGCUUCCAUAUUCCUCCAUCACUUUGUUACCGAGUUCAGGUGGGUAGCUGAGGAUGACACCAUAAUAAACUUUCCAACAGUAAGAAUGAAGAAUAAAAUGCCAAUUUGGGUCAAAAGAGAGAAUUACAUAUGGUAGGGUGGGGGUAUGAUUGAAGAAUUUUCAUGGGCCCUUUUGUCUAAAGAAAAAGAAAAGGUAGAUGAAGACCCACACGUGUGGGUGGCCAUGACAUGAUCAUAUGUUGAUAUAUCUGUCCCAUCUUCGAACAUACACACGCAUGCAUCUUAAAAAAAGGUCACAAGCGGAAGACAGUUUAUUAGGAAAUCUUUUAUGUAAACUUGAUUAGGGUCGUCAAUUCAUUUUGCAUAGUUUGAUAUAAGUUCAAAGUUAAUUAGUGAGGUAUAACGCGUAUCAACAUAUAUCAUACAUAGGUCACAAGUGUAUUUUAUUUUU